AUGCCCGCCCGAGUCCCCUCGGCAAAGGACUUCGAGUCCCUCGCCUCCACCCUCCCCCACUCCCUCCACUUCCCCUCGCCCCCGGAGUCCACCACCUCCAUCCUCAUCCUCCUCCACGGCCUCGGCGACACGGACGCCUCCUUCGCCUCCUUCGCCCGCGGCAUGAACCUCCCCGGCGUCCUCGCCAUCUCCGUCCGCGGCACCUCCCCGCUCCCCGCCGGCCUGCUCCCUGGCGGCUCCGGUACCCAGGGCUUCCACUGGGGCGACGACCUGCUCAUGGACGAAGGGCGGGGCGAGCUGGAUAGCGACCCCGGCUUCGCGCGCGCGGGGGACAGAGUGCUCGGCGAGCUGGUGCGCGGGGUGCUGAUCGGGAAGCUGGGGUGGGAGAUGAGCGACGUCAUGUUCUUCGGGUUCGGGCAGGGCGGUUCUCUGGCCCUGGGUCUGGCGUCCCAGCUGCGCGUGCAGCCAAAGGUCGUGGAGGUCUCGGAUGACGGUUCAGAUUCAGCAAACUUGGGCGGGGAGACUUGCAAGGGCGCCGUGUCGAUUGGCGGUGCUCUGCCCUACUCUAUGAUUCCGACUGUCAGCAGUCGGAAGAAGAGCAAGUCAAAGGUUCUUGCUGUGCAACUGUCCGACAGCAGUAUUGAUACGAUAAAGAAGGAGUUUGAGGAUGUUAGGGUCGUACAGUGGAAGAGGAGGGAAGUUGACAUGCCUAGGAAUAGGGAGGAAAUGUUCCCCAUCAUGAAGUUCUUUGCUGACCAAAUGAGAAGUUGGGGAUAA